GUAAAAUGUACAUCCAAGGAACCUGUAUUCGUCAUUUUUGAGGCAAGUAAUGCUUUUUUACAUCCUUCUGGCAGGAGUUUCAAUGGAUUCCUACAAAUGAAUGACUUACCCAGCCAUUCCCACCACUCUAGCUCAUCCCUAGAUCCUCCAAAUGGUGCUUAUCUUCGCCUUGUUGGCCACAGGAACGCAGUGCAAGGUCCGGUCCGAUAUGAUGGGAGCCAUGAGGAUCACUGGACACCCCCGCAGGCUCCGGGACCCGGGGGGUUGGAAUCAGGAUUGUUAUCGUUGCCAACCUUUUUACUCUAUAUCAGAUCAUAGCUUUUAAAAGUUCUUUCGAAGAAGCGGAAAACAUGUUUACUUGGAAGGAAUGAACAAAACUUUCCAGGUAGGCAAGAAUUGGCAGGGGAAAUGAGGAGGAGAGGGAGAUAACAUCAACUCACCUGCACACUUCUAUCCAGCACCACUAGCAACAGCUGCAAAGUGGAAGCCCA